AUGGCUAAAGUCAUGCCACCCAACAGCGUUAGCCCAUACGAUUGGGAGCAGAAGGAAAACGAUGCGAGACUAAAAUGGCUCGAAGAAUUCCACGAGACCAGGAUGUCGGAAGCCGACAAAAGCAUGGAGGCGCACCGGAAGUUCCACUCGGACGCCAUGAAGGAGGCUGAUGAACGUCUCGCAGCAGCUGAAGACAAGAUUAAGCAGCACCGCAUCUGGCACGCCCAGGCCAUGAAGGAGGCCGAUGAAAGACUCGAUGCAGCCGAUGACAGCAUGGUCAAGCAUCGCGUAUUCCACGAAGAGGCCAUGCGCGAGGCCGACGAGAGGCUGGCGGCUGCCGAGGAUAGCAUCAAGGAGCACAGGAAAUUUCACGCGCAAGCAAUGAAGGAGGCAGACGAAAGGUUGGCCGCGACUGAUAUAAGUAUGGUCGAGCAUCGCAAGUUCCAUACCCGAGCGAUGAAGGAAGCCGACGAGAGACUAGCAGCCGCUGAGGAGAGCUUAGUAGAGCAUCGAAAAUUUCACGAAAUAGCCAUGAAAGAAGCAGAUGAGCGCUUAAAUCAGGCAGAUGACCUUAUGGUCGAACAUCGAAAGUUCCAUGUUAAAGCCAUGGAAGAGGCGGAUGAACGCUUAGAUCAGGCAGACGAUCUUAUGGUUGAACAUCGGAAGUUUCAUGUGAAAGCCAUGAAGGAAGCAGACGAGAGGCUGGAUCGUGGCGGUUGA